AUGCGAUCCUCAGGGUCGACGAUGCUGCUGCUGGUGGCGGUCGGCAUAGUCCUCUUGGUUGGUGGCAGCAGUGCCGCUGGAUGCGACAGAGCAGCCGUGCAGUCUUUCGACGCUAAUAAGUACCAGGGCGUGUGGUACGAGAUCGCCAGGUUGGGAGAGGCUCCGUUCGAGGAGGGCGGCCAGUGCAUCACGGCGGAGUACACAGUGGCUGGCGAGAACAACGUGACCGUACACAACAGACUGUUCAGCACGGCUGCAGAGGCCUUCAACGACAUCAUCGGCUGGGCCGAGUGGGACGACCCUGAAUCCGGAGAGGCCAAAUUCACGGUGCACUUCCCAGGCGUAACAGAGAACUCAUGGAUCCUGUCACGGAGUGCCCAGCUGACAGCUGAGUUGGAGCAGCAAGUGAAUGACAGGCUGGAGGCGCUGGGUCUGACACGGGACCGCUACGUAGACACCCCACAGGACCCACAACAGUGCACUGUCAGAGUCAGCACGUGCGACAAGGCUGUUGUCACCGAAUUUGAUACUUCUCAGUAUCAGGGCGUGUGGUACGAGAUCGCCAGGUUGGGAGAGGCUCCCUUCGAGGAGGGCGGCCAGUGCAUCACGGCGGAGUACACAGUGGCUGGCGAGAACAACGUGACCGUACACAACAGACUGUUCAGCACGGCAUCGGGGGCCUUCAACGACAUCAUCGGCUGGGCCGAGUGGGACGACCCUGAAUCCGGAGAGGCCAAAUUCACGGUUCACUUCCCAGGCGUACCAGGUUUGCUUUUUUAUGUUUUAACAGUGACGGGUCCUUAUUGGGUUCUGGAUACUGACUACGAGAGCUACUCAAUUGUCUGGGCCUGCAGGGAGCCUACAGAUGAAACCUCCAACGUUACCGAGAACUCGUGGAUCCUGUCACGGAGUGCCCAGCUGACAGCAGAGCUGGAGCAGCAGGUGAAUGGCAAGCUGGAGGCACUGGGUCUGCCUCGGAGCCGCUACACAGACACCCCACAGGAUCCUCAACAGUGCACUGUCAGAGUCAGCACGUGCGACAAGGUUGUUGUCACCGAAUUUGAUACUUCUCAGUAUCAGGGUGUGUGGUACGAGAUCGCCAGGUUGGGAGAGGCUCCCUUCGAGGAGGGCGGCCAGUGCAUCACGGCGGAGUACACAGUGGCUGGCGAGAACAACGUGACCGUACACAACAGACUGUUCAGCACGGCUGCGGGUGCUUUCAACGACAUCAUCGGCUGGGCCGAGUGGGACGACCCUGCCUCUGGAGAGGCCAAAUUCACAGUGCACUUCCCAGGUGUAACAGUGACGGGUCCCUAUUGGGUCUUGGAUGCUGACUACGACAGCUACUCAAUUGUCUGGGCCUGCAGGGAGCCUACAGAUGAAACCUCCAACAUUACGGAGAACUCAUGGAUCCUGUCGCGGAGUGCCCAGCUGACAGCAGAGCAGGAGCAGCAGGUGAAUGACAAGCUGGAGGCCCUGGGUCUGACACGAAGCCGCUACACAGACACCCCACAGGACCCACAACAGUGCACUGUCAGAGUCAGCACAUGCGACAAGCCCGUUGUCACCGAAUUUGACACUUCUAAGUAUCAGGGCGUGUGGUACGAGAUCGCCAGGUUGGGAGAGGCUCCGUUCGAGGAGGGCGGCCAGUGCAUCACGGCGGAGUACACAGUGGCUGGCGAGAACAACGUGACCGUACACAACAGACUGUUCAGCACGGCAUCGGGGGCCUUCAACGACAUCAUCGGCUGGGCAGAGUGGGAUGACCCUGAUUCUGGAGAGGCCAAAUUCACAGUGCACUUCCCAGGGGUACCAGAGAACUCCUGGAUCCUGUCACGAAGCGCCCAGCUGACAGCAGAGCUGGAGCAGCAGGUGAAUGACAAGCUGGAGGCGCUGGGUCUGACACGGAGCCGCUACACAGACACCCCACAGGACCCACAACAGUGCACUGUCAGAGUCAGCACAUGCGACAAGCCCGCUGUCACAGAAUUUGACACUUCUAAGUAUCAGGGCGUGUGGUACGAGAUCGCCAGGUUGGGAGAGGCUCCGUUCGAGGAGGGCGGCCAGUGCAUCACGGCGGAGUACACAGUGGCUGGCGAGAACAACGUGACCGUACACAACAGACUGUUCAGCACGGCUGCAGAGGCCUUCAACGACAUCAUCGGCUGGGCCGAGUGGGACGACCCUGAAUCCGGAGAGGCCAAAUUCACGGUUCACUACCCAGGCGUACCAGUGACGGGUCCCUAUUGGGUCCUGGAUACGGACUACGACAGCUACUCAAUUGUAUGGGCCUGCAGGGAGCCUACAGAUGAAAUCUCCAACAUUACAGAGAACUCCUGGGUCCUGUCACGAAGCGCCCAGCUGACAGCAGAGCAGCAGCAGCAGGUGAAUGACAGGCUGGAGGCGCUGGGUCUGACACGGAGCCGCUACACAGAUACCCCACAGGACCCACAGCAGUGCACUGUCAGAGUCAGCACGUGCGACAAGCCUGCAGUCUCCCAGUUUGAUACUUCUCAGUAUCAGGGCGUGUGGUACGAGAUCGCCAGGUUGGGAGAGGCUCCCUUCGAGGAGGGCGGCCAGUGCAUCACGGCGGAGUACACAGUGGCUGGUGAGAACAACGUGACCGUACACAACAGACUGUUCAGCACGGCAUCGGGGGCCUUCAACGACAUCAUCGGCUGGGCCGAGUGGGACGACCCUGGAUCUGGGGAGGCCAAAUUCACGGUGCACUUCCCAGGCGUACCAGUGACGGGUCCAUAUUGGGUUCUGGAUACUGACUACGAGAGCUACUCAAUUGUUUGGGCCUGCAGGGAGCCAACAGAUGAAACCUCCAACAUUACAGAGAACUCAUGGAUCCUGUCACGGAGUGCCCAGCUGACAGCUGAGUUGGAGCAGCAAGUGAAUGACAGGCUGGAGGCCCUGGGUCUGCCUCGGAGCCGCUACACAGACACCCCACAGGAUCCACAACAGUGCACUGUCAGAGUCAGCACAUGCGACAAGCCUGAUGUCACAGAAUUUGACACUUCUAAGUAUCAGGGUGUGUGGUACGAGAUCGCCAGGUUGGGAGAGGCUCCCUUCGAAGAGGGCGGCCAGUGCAUCACGGCGGAGUACACAGUGGCUGGCGACAACAACGUGACCGUACACAACAGACUGUUCAGCACGGCUGCUGGAGCCUUCAACGACAUCAUCGGCUGGGCCGAGUGGGACGACCCUGGAUCUGGAGAGGCCAAAUUCACGGUGCACUUCCCAGGCGUACCAGGUUUGCUUUUUUAUGUUUUAACAGUGACGGGUCCUUAUUGGGUUCUGGAUACUGACUACGAGAGCUACUCAAUUGUCUGGGCCUGCAGGGAGCCUACAAAUGAAACCUCCAACAUAACAGAGAACUCGUGGGUGCUCUCGCGGACGAGUGACAUGUCUGAGGAGCUGACGCAGCAAGUGAAUGCCAAGCUGGAGGAGCUGGGACUCGCUCGCAGCCGGUACACAGACACGCCUCAGGACUCCAACGGCUGCCAAGUUGAAGAGGACAGCGACGGUGGCGGCGCUGCACUGGGCCCUGCGGUCGCACUCAUGCUGGCCACCGCCACUGCACUGCUCUUCUCCCUUUGA